AAAGGGUUCUUCACAUGUCUUUGUUUGUAGUGAAUGGAGGAGAAAAACCUUUUUCAAAAAUACAGUUGGUCCUAACACCAACCUAUCAUAUGCAUACACACAACCAAUUCAAUUGUCUUCUCAUCAUAGUCAUAUAUAUAAAGAUAUAUUUAAUAAUUCUUACUAGAUAUGCUUUUUCUGUUGAAGCUUCUCUUCUCUUCUCUUCCAUGAAUCCAAUUAUGUCUUUCUUUGUUGUUGUUCUUGCAUCUUUGGUUGCUCAGCCACUUGUACUGGUGGCUCAGCCUUCAAAACCCACCUCUGACAUCACUGUAGUUGGUGCUGUAUAUUGUGAUACAUGUUAUCACAACACUUUCUCAAGCCAGAGCUAUUUCUUGCCAGGGGUCGACGUUCACGUAGAAUGUAAAUUCAAAGCAAAUUCACCCAAAACCACGGAACAGAUUACUUUCUCAGUAAACAGAACAACAAACAGAUAUGGAGUGUACAAGUUGGAAAUACCGUCUGUGGAAGGGGUUGAUUGCGUCGAAGGUCCAGAAAUCCAAUCAUUCUGCGAAUCAAGCUUGAUACAGAGCACAUCUCCAACCUGUAAUGUUCCAGGUUUGAAAAGCACAACUAAUGAGGUAACAGUGAAAUCAAAACAAACCAAUCUCUGUAUUUACAGCUUAAGUGCUUUGAGUUUCAGACCACAAGAGAAAAACAUUACCUUGUGUGAGAAACAAACAGAGGAACUGGAAUUCCCACUCCCAACUUCUUUGAAUUCCUCUAAGUUUUUCCUUCCUUAUUUCCCACCUUAUGGUUUCCCUUGGCCUCCUUUGCCGCAAUUUCCUCCUUUACCCCCAUUACCACCCUUGCCUCAAUUACCGCCUUUUCCAAAAUUACCCUUUCCUCCUUUGCCACCUUUACCAUCUUUGCCCUUCCCUCCAUUGCCAUUUCCGAAUCCCUCAUCAUCUCCAUUUCCAUUCCCUCCUCUCCCUCGGCUCCCUCCUUUCCCUCCAUCACUGGUUUCUCCACCACCAUGGCUACCACCUCCACCGAGAACUUGGAUACCUAAAAUCCCUUUUCUCUCUCCUCCUCCCCCGCCGCCACCUGCAUUUAAUUUAAGAGAUCCAAAAACUUGGUUUCCUAAUAACCCUUCUCUCUAUCCUCCUCCGCCUCCCGCGUUUAAUUUAAGAGAUCCAAGAACUUGGAUACCUAAUAACCCUUUUCUCGCUCCUCCUCCGCCUCCUGAAUUUAAUUUAAGAGACCCGAGAACUUGGAUACCAUAUAUUCCUCCAACCCCCCCUAGUAUCCCUCAGAACCAGCAGCCAUGAUAAUUGCUUCUACUAUAACGUAAAAGCUAUUCUACCAGAAAAUUUAUACAAAAUAGUUAAAAAGAAUGGUAUGCCAAUGACAUUUUUGAAAUAAAUGUCACUUUGUUGGAUCUUGUGAUUUAAAAUAAUAAGAUCCAAAUGUGAUGCAUCAUUCUAUAUAAACUUUUCGUAUAAAUUUUCUAUUUGUAUAUCAUUAGUUUUACUAUAAUUAUUGUGAAAUAUAUAUAUUUCAAUUCUUCAUUUAUGUUGCAAUAAGUCUGUGAAAUAUACUACUCAUAAUUACAGAACUAUGUACAAAACUGCCUUGUAAGCUUGUCAUCCCUCACCCCCAGCCAAAUAGAACACACUAUGCAAUCAUUCUGUGCUUUAGUUGGCAAUCCAAUUUAUUGGUUUAGCUUCAAGAUUGUAUACAUUUUCCGUAGUAUCAAUAAUGUUGUAAAAUUUCAACAAUUUGCUGAC